GUUUUGUCAGUUUUGUGGUUAAUCUUUUAAUUAUAAUCAGAUUUUAUCCAUGUACUUUUUUUUGAUUCCGUUCUUCACAAAGCAAGUAUUCCGAAGAUAAUUCGAAAAUUGAAGUAUCCACUUUCGCGUUUCGUCACAGUAUUGCGCUGAUAAAAACAUUGUUACACAAUGUUAAGCAAAACUUGUACCCUUUCUACAAAAAUGUGAUUUCAUUUAUUAAUUUAUUAAAAUGGUCGCGGUAUAGUUAUGGUUUAGUGCGUUGUUAGGUUGUUCACGUUAAACAUGUCCUCUGAAAAUCAAGCGAUCAAUCACCCUUCGGGAAGUUCCACGUCCACUGAAAUUUAUUCAGAAAGGCGACCAAAUUUCAACCAUCGAAAUUCGUCUUCGAAAAGAAAUAAUGUAGCUGAAGCAAGCAGCAAUUACGUGGACAUUUCUCAGUCUGUAUUGAAACCUACCGCUCAGGACUUCGUUCCGGCAAAUUAUCACAAUGGAGCAAUUCGUAAAAGACCACAGUAUUACAACAAGUACAAUGACAGCAGGGACAAUAAUAACUGGAGAAGUAGAAGUGCAAAUGAAGGUGGUAAAUCGUUUAAUAGUAGUAGCAAAUUGAAAAACACCUACGAUAAAUACAAAUCGAAUUUAGAAUAUUCUAACGAAGGGUAUUCCGAUAACAAUACCGAUUCUACCAACGUUGAUUACCCACAGUAUAAAUCCAACUCUUCUAGAGGUUAUAAGAAUUAUAGUAAAAAUAGCUAUUUCUACGGGAAACCAAGAAACAAUUUCAACGACAGAGAUGGUAAUGUUGAUGAUUCGAGAAAAGUGUAUCAAUACUCAAAAAGAACAAAUAAAAGCACUUUCGACUAUAAAAACAACUUGCACCCUAAUGAAGAAUUUACCAGAAAAGACGAUAUUCCCCAGGAAAAGGAUUAUACAAAAAACGUUAAAGCCGGUCGAAAGAAAAUGAACGCAGCCUCACAGAGAGAACGAUUGGUCGAAAUGAUAAAUCGGCGUAAACUCGAAUGCCUCGUUUGUUGCGACAAAAUCAAGAACACAGAUAAAGUUUGGUCUUGCUUGUUGUGCUAUCACAUAUUCCAUUUGAAAUGCGUCGUGGAAUGGGCGAAAUCCUCCAAAAUCGAGAACGGCUGGAGAUGCCCGGCCUGUCAAAACGUCUGCAGCGAAGUACCCACCAAGUACAAAUGCUACUGCGGCAAAAUCGUGGAACCCAAACACGAUCCGAGCAUAAUACCGCACAGUUGCGGAGACAUGUGCCUGAGAGAGAGCCGCAAAUGCAAGCACAAGUGCAACAUGCAGUGCCAUCCGGGCCCUUGUCCCGAGUGCGUUAUCAUGGUGUCGAAGUCUUGCGGUUGCGGUGCAACUACACAGAUGAUUAAAUGUUGCACGGACGUUAAAAUCGUUUGCAAUGCCACUUGUAACAAACUAUUGGAAUGCGGUCUUCAUCGUUGCCAACAAACGUGUCAUCCGGGAGAAUGCGAACCUUGCAAGGAAAGCUUACAUCAAGAAUGUUAUUGUUCGAAAGAAGGCAGAAAAGUACAAUGUUGUAAAAUUUACAGCGGCGAGAAACAGUACAGUUGUAACAACGUUUGCGGCAAACUCCUGUCCUGCGGGAAUCAUUAUUGCCAGGAAUUGUGCCAUGAAAAUUCCUGCAAACUGUGCCCUCGGGAUGUCACCGUUAUCAAAACGUGUCCCUGUUUGAAAACGCCGCUUAAGGAACCCAGGCUCUCCUGCUUGGAUCCUAUUUUAUGCUGUGGACAGCUAUGCGGAAAAGUUUUGAGUUGUGGCCAGCCAAACGCACCGCACGUAUGCGAGAAUCGCUGUCACGAAGGCUCGUGUCCUCCUUGUCCCAAAACCACAUUGGUAAGAUGCAGAUGCGGACGUAUGGAUAAAGAAUUACCUUGUCAGGAACUUACUACUAAAGCUGACGACGCUCGUUGCGAGAAAAAAUGCACAAAAAAACGUUCCUGCGGAAAGCACAAAUGCAAUCAGCUGUGUUGUAUAGAAAUAGAACACAUCUGCCCGUUUCCCUGCAACCGAUUGCUCAGCUGCGGGCAGCACAGAUGCGAACGUACCUGUCACUCGGGACAUUGUCCGCCUUGCAUGGAAUCGAGUUUCGACGAAUUGUACUGCGAAUGCGGCGCUAACGUCCUGUACCCGCCGAUUCCCUGCGGCACGAAGCCACCGUUGUGUAACAACCCGUGUUCGAGACGGCGACCUUGCGGUCACGAAGCCAACCAUUCCUGUCACACGGGACCCUGUCCCCCUUGCACCGUUCUCUGUAAAAGAUGGUGUUUCGGUCAUCACGAACAAAGGUCCGCAAUUCCUUGUCAUCAGGAGAAUUUCAGUUGUGGUUUGCCGUGCGGAAGGGAUAUGGUGUGUGGGAAACAUAAAUGCGCUAAACCGUGUCACGACGGGCCUUGUCCUACGCCCUGCAAACAGCCAUGUACGGUUCCUAGGGAUUUGUGCGGACAUCCUUGCGGCAAGCCUUGCCACGAUCCACCUUGCCCCGAAAGCAAUUGUAAACAUAACGUUUUAGUUACAUGUCCGUGCGGUCUACAAAAAAGUACGAAACCUUGCAUAGAAGUGGCCGAUGAAUUUCACAACAUUCAAAUGGCGAAAUUGAACGAGAAGAUGAGCCAUUUGUCGACUAACUCAACAGUAGAUUUAUCCGAUCUGAUGAACACUAGCAAAAGACCGGACGUUUUGAAAAUAUUGGAAUGCACCGAGGAGUGUCGCGUUUUGGAGCGCAACCGAAGGCUAGCCAUCGGUUUGCAAAUUCGAAAUCCCGAUUUGAGCCAAAAAUUAACGCCGAGAUAUUCGGACUUUCUGAAGCAAUGGGGCAAGAAAGACCCGCGUUUCUGCCAGAAGGUGCACGAGAAACUGUCCGAGCUCGUCCAGCUGGCCAAAAUGAGCAAGCAGAAGAGCAGGUCGUACUCGUUCGAAUCGAUGAAUCGGGACAAGCGGCAUUUCAUACACGAGUACUGCGAGCACUUUGGAGUGGAAAGCGCCGCCUACGACAUGGAGCCGAACAGGAACAUCGUGGCUACGGCGGUGAAGGAUAAAUCGUGGUUGCCGAGCAUGAGUUUGAUGGAGUUCCUGCAGCGGGAGAACGGCCAAAGGAAGGUUCCCGGGCCGGUUUUAAGUCGGGCUUCGACUGGUAAAGGGGAAACGGUGUCGUUGAUGCUUCCUUCUAGAAUCCAGAGGACGAGCACGCCUCCCAGGGAGAUGGUCGACAUUUUCAGGUCGUAAUUACAAAACAACUAAUGCAUUUAUUAUUCUAAAUUAUAACCGAGUUAUAUUAUUAGAAAAAAAAUAAAUAUUUUUCUGUUGUUCUAUACCUAAUUCUUGUUUAUACUUUUUAUUCGAUAAAAGUCAGAGAUAAUUU